AUGUCGCACGUCCUCGCAGCAGCCAGACCCAUGUCGGGGAUUCUCGCCCGCCUGCCACUCCGGCAAUGCAGUCGCUGCUUCACCAACAAUGCGGUGCAAUCGAAAGCUCUCUUACGACCGGCCGCCUCGGUGCAGCCGCGACAGCCCACCGUCCAGCGUCGGUCGAAAUAUACGUCAGUCGAACAGGCCAAGAGCCGGUAUAGUCGCGGGCCCUUUUCAUGGAAGUCCGGCCUCCUCUUCGUGGGAACCUGUGGUCUGUUGGUGUGGUACUUUGAGUUCGAGAAGGACCGCAUGAAGCGCAAGCGCAUCGCGGAGGCGUCAAAGGGCAUGGGCAGACCCAAAGUUGGAGGAACAUUCGAAUUGGUCGAUCAGAAUGGCAAGCCCUUCACCAGCGACAUGAUGAAGGGUAAAUUCUCACUGGUCUACUUCGGAUUCACACGCUGCCCCGAUAUCUGCCCCGAGGAGCUGGACAAGAUGGCCCGCAUGCUGGACCUCGUCAAGGAGAAACUCCCCGCCGACACACUUCUGCCCCUCUUCAUCACCUGCGACCCUGCGCGUGACGACCCCGCCGCUCUGAAGGAAUAUCUCUCCGAGUUCCACGAUGACCUGAUCGGCCUUACAGGAACCUACGACCAGAUCAAGGACCUCUGCAAGAAGUACCGCGUGUACUUCAGUACGCCGAAGGACGUGAAACCCGGGCAGGACUAUCUGGUGGACCACAGCAUCUAUUUCUACCUGAUGGACCCUGAGGGGGAUUUUGUGGAAGCAUUGGGCAGGCAGCAUUCGCCCGACGAGGGGGCUAGGCUCAUUGCUGACCACAUGAAGGACUGGAAGGCGAAGAACUGA